UUCAGAAGGAAAUCACAGAAACUCAGCCAAAAAACCCUAGCACUGUAAGCCUACACCACCGCCGCAAGGAGUGGCAUACUGCCGCCGUCGGUCGCACUCAAAUUUUGCCGGCCGUCCGUCCGUCAAGUUAGCUUCCCUCGUGCUCCAAGUCUUCAACCCCUGUUCGCUGUCACCGAUCGCAGCUGCUUCCGCGAGCUCGGCGUCCGUCGUCUUUGUCUGCUCAGCCACGCUUCCGCCGCCGUUUGUUUGUCGUUCGCGUUCGCGUCCUAGUUCAGCCGUCGUCUUCGUUUGCGUUCUUCGCCGUUCACGUUUGCUCGGCGUUCACCGUUCGCGUUCCCACGCCGUUCACCGUUCGCGUUCCCUCGCCGUUCACCGUUCGAGUUCGCAUUCGCGUUUGUCAGGAAGCCACGUUGCUCUGCUUCAAACUCUGCGACCAACCCACGCGUCGAACUGCUCCCUUUUGUCGCCGUCGAAAUUCUGAGGUAUGUAAAAAUUAAGAAGGAAGACUAUUUCAACGUAUCAGCGAAAGCUUUCCUCUGGGUUCCUAAUUGAAAACCCUAACCCUCAUCACCAAUUGCGAAAAUCGUUCCUGCAAAAUGGCAAUUGCACGCACUGGAGUCUACGUGGAUGACUAUUUGGAGUAUGCUAGCACUUUGCCCGCUGAGCUUCAGAGGCUUCUCAAUACUGUGCGAGAACUUGAUGAACGAUCCCAAUCUAUGAUAAACCAGACUAGGCAGCAGACAAAGGUGUGUAUGGGGAUCUCAUCACAUGGCUCUAAGAAGGGUAACCAUGUCAGUGGCCAUCAUUAUAAUAACAAUCAUCAUGCAAAUGAGGAAGACGAGGCUGCGAUUGAGAAAUUACGAAAGGAAAUCGAGGCCAAUCAGGAUAAUGCAUUGAACCUAUGUACUGAGAAAGUUUUGUUGGCACGGCAAGCAUAUGACUUGAUAGAUAGUCAUGUCAAACGUCUUGAUGAGGAUUUAAACAACUUUGCUGAAGACCUCAAGCAAGAGGGGAAAAUACCACCGGAUGAACCAGCAAUUCUUCCCCCAUUGCCUAUAGUCCCUAAACCUGAAAAACGCAAGCCUUUAUAUGUAACACCACAGUCAAAGAGGCUUGAUUACAGGGAUAGAGACUGGGAUCGGGAGCAUGAUAGAGACUUUGAGCUAAUGCCUCCACCAGGUAGCCAUAAGAAGGAGUAUGUAACUCCUAUGGAGAUGGAUACACCUAUUGAUCCAAAUGAGCCAACAUACUGUGUUUGUCAUCAGGUGUCUUUUGGUGACAUGAUUGCUUGUGACAACGAAAAUUGCCAAGGAGGAGAAUGGUUCCACUAUUCAUGUGUCGGCUUAACUCAAGAGACAAGGUUCAAGGGUAAAUGGUAUUGUCCAACCUGCAGAUUACUACCACAAUGCCAAUGAUAAAAGUUUGCUCUUAUCAAACUGCAUUCUUAAAUAGUCAAUUGAUUCUUCAAUGAAUCUCCACUUCAUGAAUGCAUAAUUCUUUUAAGAUAUGUUGUGAUUAAUGGGGUUAGUGUUUGUUGCUAAUCCCCUUAAACCCAUAUUAACCCUCUUCCCCCAUCCUACUCAGACACGUGGGGUUUGAAUUAUAUUUGUCUUCUAGUAUAUUGCUUGGCCAUUUUAUUUUAGGCAGAGUCCAACUUGUCUCUGUCAUGCUAUGUAGUAUUAUUGUAUUGUAUAAAAGUCCUCUAGAACUUGGGAUACGUGAGUGAUUCUUUCUAGAUUUGAAUUUUGGGGUAUGUGAAAUGCUGAAAUAUAGUCCUGAAUAACUGUUACAAGAUAUAUAAAUAUGGGGCAAAAUUCAAUUUUUUGCA